CGAUGUUUACAAUUUGACAUGAAGGUCACAAAUCGGUCGCAGUAGUCGUAGAUGUCAAACAAAAUCUAUGGUUGACAAUUUCUUAAAAUAUUGAUAACAGACUAUCAUUUGUUUGUCGUUCGAUGAGCACCUACAAGAUAUUACGAAUUAUAGUUUAAAACGAGGCCUAAUUUGGUUCUUGUUCCAUACAGUAAUGUGCCAUUGUUCACAAUGUCGAAGAAAGGCACAAUUGAAGUGUUUCAAACAAAAAUAUCCCGAAAUGAUCGAUUUGCACAGAUGUCCCAUCAGGAGAAGCUGAUCGAGCAGAAGAAGCGCGAAAUUCAGGCGAAAUUGGAACAAAAAAAGACCGCGAAGGAUACGGAGAGUUCGAAAAGCCGGCCCAAAAGUACAGCUGUAUCAUGCAAAAGUCCAGUUAAGGCAGCUAUUGAUAAGGAGAAACACGAUAAGAAGGCUUUCAACUUUAAUACAUUCUCAAAUGAUGGCAGUUUUCUGAACCAAUUCAAGCAGUUGAAGGAGAAGAAACUAGAUCAUAAGAUAAAGUUCAGUAACAAACAAGGAAGUGGAUGUGAUGGUGACAGAAGUGAUAGAAACAAUAAAAAUAAAUGGAAGAAGGAUAACAUGAGUUCUCCACCAGUGUCCAAGAAGUCAAAACCGUCGCGAUUCAACACCGAGAAGAUGCCCGCAUUCGAACCAAAGAUUAAUAUAAAUGCAAGUUAUAGUAAUCUUAUAAGUCAGCCAUCAUUCGAGCCGGCGAUGGUAACUGCGCAGGACGUAACCGGCCAGCCACUGCUCAAGAAUCUAGUCUCACCGCUCAUGAUGAGCGUGCCGCCACCGCAGCUGCAGUUGAUCCCAACCGAGCUGACCGUCGACAUGUGCCCGACGACGAUGAUAACUACCGUAGCCUUACCGCCCCAAUCAGCUGUGGUAGCUGUUCCUGAGAAUACUAUCAUAACUGUCCCACCGCCAUGUUUACCUCCCUUGGAGUUAACGAAUAUUCCGCCUCCGAAUCAAUUACAGAUCCAUAACAUACCUCAACCGGAACCUAUGAAUACUCUUUCUAUCCCACCACCUGCGCCGUUACAAGUGCAGAAUAUUCCACCACCGUCCCCGAUCCAAUUGAACGAGAUACCUAAUCCUAAACCAUUGGAUUUACUCAAUAUUCCCACACCAAAUGAGGAGCCUGAUGCGGAAUUCAUCAAAAAUGUCCCUCCGCCGAACAAAUCAGUCCCGCCGCCUAAUCUUACUGUAGCUGCUGAUAAUGUACCUACUUGUCUCCCGCCGCCUAAUAUUAUGCCGCCGACGUCAAUGCCACCCCCGCAACAAGGCGGCGGCUUGAGUAUACUCGUCGCGCAGGUGCAGCAGGUGCCAUCGGUGGUGCAAGUGCAAUUAUCUGCUGCAUCACUACAGCAAUUACCACCGCCACCGAUUGUGACGCAGCCGAUUAUGAAUUCUAUUCCGUCACUUAUGGCGCAGCCUAUAAUGCCGCCCCCGCCUGCGAUGGGUAUCGUACCGCCGCCGCAGAUAAACGUACCGCCACCUAGUCUUAUGCAACAAGCGCAAAUUCAACUACCACCGCCCGGAUUCAAUCAGCAGCCAUUAAUCCCUGUCAACGUGCCACCGCCACAACUAGCCAUCAACAAGGACCUCAAUAUAAAUUCAGUGUUUCCCUCAGGUUCAGGCGAUUACGAGGCGAUGGCGUCUCUGGGACGCAUGGUGGCACAGUGUGGACCAGGCAUCGAGGACGUCGUCCGCCAGCGCAAAAUUCAAGAUCCCAGUCUGUGGUUUCUGUACGAUAAGACCUCUCCAGCGUAUCGCCAGUAUCAGCAGCUCGUGGAGCAGUUCAAGGCCGAGAUGUCCGCGGGGAGCGAGGGUGGUCAACAGCGCUCCGAUCAGGAGGACUAUAAACCAGAGGAGAUUUACGAAUCAGACGCACUCGGUGAUGAUUGCGACAUGAAUACGACGCAUGAAAGUACAGCGUUUUCGAAUAAACGGAAAAGGAGAAGUCGCUGGGGUGAUAAAGUUGAAGGACCACCGCCUCCGCCGGUUCUUCAAACGACAAUACCAGCGCCAAUUUUACCUCCAAGUUCUACCGGUGUUAUGUUGUCUAAAAUAACAAGAAAUGAUGCCGGUUUCAUUGCGUACGUGCGUUCCACCUAUGGUGGUACGAAUUUGAACGAAGAAACAUGGAAGAAAGCCGAGGAUAAUUAUAAAGUACAUCUUGUUUAUCAAGAAAUGCAAAAGAAACAAGAUUUAGAGCGUCUGCAGAGAUCCGGUCGCAAUAAAUACGAAUAUGAUUCGGAUGAAGAAGUCGAAGGUGGCACUUGGGAGCAUAAACAGCGAGAGAAAGAAAUGCAAACCACACAAAAUUGGGCGCAUGAUUUAACGCGUGAUGCAGAUGGUAAACAUCACAUCGGCGAUUUUUUACCUCCCGAAGAGUUUCGUAAACUUCUUCAGAAAACAAGCACUGGCGAUAGUGCUGAUCCUUCAGACUAUUCAGAACACAAGCUCGGAGAAGAAAAUAAAGGGUUUAAAAUGUUGCAAAAGUUAGGCUGGAGCGAAGGUAAAGGUUUGGGAACAACAGAAAAAGGAAUAUUGGAACCAAUAAAUAAAGGUUUUGUAAGUCGCGACGGACAAGGCUUGGGUAAUCAAGGCGAUGUGCCAGAUGGGAACAGCGCUGAAGACGAGUACGACGCCUACAGGAAGCGAAUGAUGUUGGCGUACAAAUUCCGGCCGAACCCACUGAAUAAUCCCCGGCGAGCAUAUUACUGAACAAGUAAACGCACCCACCAGCAAAUAUACUUGUCAAUUGAAUAAUGACUUUCAUGAUGAUGAAUAUUAUGCUUUUGUUUUUUCAUCGUUUAUUUCGAAACACAACCUGAGAUCAAAUGCAGCAGACAAUUGUAUAAAUAUUAGCGCUUCUAAUGACCACUUGAGGCUAAUAUUGAAUAAUCAAGGCUUACAGUUUGUAGAUGGAUUUAAUUUUAAAUGCACUUUGUGUGUUCUGUUUUUGUGUACAUAUUUCUCUUGAGAUACGAGUAGUAAACUUAGUUUGGCGAGAAUGGAAACGCAGUGAGACAAAGAGAUAUAAUUGAUGCGUUGAAAAUUAAGAGAAGCGACUAGCUUUUGGAUGCUAUUUGUUAAUUAAGUUGUAAUUAGCAACUUAAAUGAAUGUGUAAAUAAAUUAUUGAUUGAUUUUCUUAUA